GAUUGAAAUAAUCUCCCAAUCCUGCAGCCCCAUGAUACUCUCCAUUAUCCUCCUGCAUCAUCUCCAGAUCAGUCUUUGCCCCAAAACUUUAGUCCUCUAGAGAUGACUGAAAGGAACCACAAUGGUAUUUAGAGGGAUUACUGCCAAGGCGCGGGGGGUCUACCACCUCCCGCAGGUAGGACCUCCUUCUCCUCCUGCUGCUGCUCCUUCUUCUCGGGGCACUCGCCUCCCCACCCCAGCUUGGGGAACUCGGCAAAGCCCACGAAGAGCUACUGAGGAUGACCUGCCCCUAAAGAGAGAUAUCCCUUCAGCCCGAAACUCCAGUGCCAGGUGGUUCCCUUCCUUUGCCGGGAGAACCUCUGAGGCAGAACCUGGCAGCACCAUGGCUUCUGACCUGGAGAGCAGCCUCACCUCCAUAGACUGGCUUCCCCAGCUGACCCUUCGGGCUACCAUUGAGAAGCUGGGGGGAGCCUCACAAGCUGGGCCCCCUGGAGGUAGCCGCAAAUGCCCACCUGGUUCACCCACGGAUCCCAAUGCUACCCUGAGCAAGGAUGAAGCAGCUGUUCACCAGGAUGGCAAGCCUCGAUACAGCUAUGCUACACUUAUUACCUAUGCCAUCAACUCCUCCCCAGCCAAGAAGAUGACCCUCAGUGAAAUUUACCGCUGGAUCUGUGAUAACUUCCCUUAUUACAAGAAUGCUGGCAUUGGCUGGAAGAACUCAAUUCGUCACAAUCUUUCUCUUAAUAAAUGUUUCCGGAAGGUGCCGAGACCUCGGGAUGACCCUGGGAAGGGCUCUUACUGGACAAUUGACACCUGUCCUGACAUCUCUCGUAAGAGACGGCACCCUCCAGAUGAUGAACUAUCCCAGGACUCCCCAGAACAGGAAGCAAGUAAGAGUCCACGAGGAGGUGUCGCAGGGAGUGGAGAAGCCUCAUUGUCUCCUGAAGGAAAUACUCAGAUGUCACUACAGAGCACUACACCCAUUACCAGCUUCAAUCAGGGUUCAGGACCCGUGGAUGGUGCAGUAGUUGCAGCUGGUGGUCCAGGACGAGAUGGGGCUGACGGGCCACCUCCAUUGUAUAAUACCAAUCAUGACUUCAAAUUUUCCUACUCGGAGAUAAACUUUCAGGAUCUGAGCUGGUCCUUUCGAAACCUUUACAAGUCCAUGCUAGAGAAAUCUUCCUCUUCCUCUUCCCCACAUGGUUUCUCGACUCUCCUGGGUGAUAUGCAGCCUUCCAAUCACAACUACUACAUGUACCAGCAACCACCACAGCCACCCCAGCAACAACAGCAACCACCCCAGCAAUCUCAGCAGCAAGCACCAACACAGGGCCCUUCAUCUGUAGGGGGUACCCCUUCACUGCAUACUCCCAGCCCAGAGGGCUGCCCCCCACCGGGAGGGAAGCAGCCUGGGGCUGACAGCUAUGGAACACCCUCUGUGAUGGCCAUGCAUCCGCCCCCACUGCAGCACGUGGGUUAUCAUACCCAUCAGCACCACCCCCACCCGCAUCCGCCCCAGCAGCCUCCACCACCACCCCAGCAGCAGGCCCAGUCCCAGCCUUCUCUCAACAAUACUGGCUUUGCAUUUCCCUCUGACUGGUGCUCCAACAUUGACUCCCUGAAAGAAAGCUUCAAGAUGGUGAAUCGGCUUAACUGGUCCAGCAUUGAGCAGUCCCAUUUUUCAGAACUAAUGGAGAGCCUCCGGCAGGCAGAAAGAAAAAACUGGAGCUUGGACCAGCACCACAUUGCCAAUCUCUGUGACUCCCUAAACCAAUUCCUUACCCAGACUGGUCAGCUGCCCCACCCAGGGGGUCCCCACCAGCCACCACCUCCCACUAGAAUUGCUGACACCUGUGCCCUGACCAGCGGCAAGCAGGAGUCCACAAUAAACCAAGUGAACUCUUAUGGACACCCACAAGCACCCCACCUCUACUCUGGCCCAUCGCCCAUGUACCCUAUACCUACCCAGGACUCUCCAGGAUAUAACCGUCCAGCACAUCAUCUGGUCCCCCGGCCGCCUGUCCCGCCUCCUGGUUCCAAUGAGGAGAUCCCUGAUGAUUUCGACUGGGACUUGAUCACUUAGUCUGUCACAGACUGAAGAACCCAGGGCCAGCGGUGGUGAACCCUGGCAAAGAAUCUAGAAAUAACCCCAGUCCAGUUCCCUUUCCCCAAGCCUGUACAUAGAUAGAUAGAUAGAUAUAGAUAUAUAUCUAUUUCCUCUUUUUCUUUUUUUUUCUCUUUGCCGGAGAAGCCACUGCAAGAUGCUGCCGAAGA